AUGGCGUCGAAAGUGUUGAUUCCUAGCUUAAAUCUAAACAGUGUAAGAAAUAAUUCUCAACCACGUUCAUUUGGCCAUGUUUGUUUACCUAGAAAAUCUGGGUUUUCGUCUCCAUCUUCAAUGCUAAAACCAGCAACAACGGCGGCAAGCACAUCAGAAAAAACAGCGACAUCCACUUGUGUCUUGUCUCGUUUAUGGAGAGAAGUUCAGGGUUCCAACAACUGGGAAAAUCUACUGGAGCCGUUGGAUCCUCUUCUUCGAGAAGAGAUUAUUCGGUACGGGGAGUUCGUUGCUGCUUGUUACAAGGCGUUUGAUCUUGAUCCGAACUCCAAAAGGUACUGGAAUUGCAGGUAUGGAAAAAAGAGCAUUUUAAAGGGAGUUGGUAUGGAAAAUUCAGGCUAUAAAGUGACCAAAUACAUUUACGCCACCCCGGAUAUCAACAUCCCCACCCAAAACGGCGCUUCUCGCGGUCGUUGGAUCGGAUACGUGGCCGUCUCGUCGGACGAAACCGUGAAAUGGCUCGGCAGAAGGGAUUUGCUGAUAACGUUCCGAGGAACGGUCACGAACCAUGAGUGGUUAACCAAUUUCAUGAGCUCGCUCACGCCCGCACGGCUCAACCCGCAUGACUCGAGGCCCGAGCUGCAGGUCGAGUCGGGGUUCUUGAGCUUAUACACAUCGGGAGAAUCUGAUAGCAAGUUCGGAUUAGAGAGUUGCAGGGAACAGCUUUUAGCCGAGGUUUCGAGGCUGUUAAACGAGUACAAAGGUCAGGAAUUGAGUAUAACAUUGGCAGGUCACAGUCUAGGGAGUGCAUUGGCUCUUCUUUUAGCUUAUGACAUGUCUGAGCUUGGGUUGAAUAAACCUGUUAAUUCGGACAACAACAAGAGAAUCCCGGUCACUGUCUUCUCCUUUGGGGGACCAAGAGUUGGGAACUUGAGUUUCAAGCAAAGAUGUGAUGAACUUGGAAUCAAAGUACUAAGAGUAGUGAAUGUCAAUGACCCUAUCACAAAGCUUCCAGGUGUUUUCUUGAAUGAGAACUUUACAAAGUCCCCGUGGAGGUGUUCGUGUUAUGUUCAUGUCGGAGUCGAACUAGCCCUAGAUUUCUUUGAUGUACGAAACCCUCCUUGUGUACACGACCUCGAAACCUAUAUCAACUUUCUGAAAUGGCCCGAAACAUGGGUUGAUCCGAUUGAUAACAAAGAUGUGGUUGAUUUGUGGAAUAGGGCAAGGGGAUUUCUAUCUAGUGCACAUAAUUUUUAUAUUGAUAUGCCAUGGAUUGAGGCUGCAAUCAACAUGGUAAACAUCAUUCAAUCUCAAUGA